UGCUAGUUCCUCAGAAGAAGAAUACGUGUCUAACAUAGCUAGUUCUCCAGUAGAAGAAUAUGUACUUAACUUAGCUGGUUCUUCAGUAGGAGAAUAUAUGUCUAAUGUCGCUAGUUUUUCAGAUAAAGAAAAUGUGUUUACUAUUACCAGUUAUCUAGAAGGAGAAUAUAUGUUUAAUGUUGCUAGUUCUUUAGAAGAAGACAUGUCUGUUGUCACGGGUUUUUUAGGAGAAUAUGUGUUUACUGCUGCCGGUUCUUCAGAAUAUGUGUCUGCUGCUGUUGGUUCUCCAGAAGAAGAAUACGUGUCCGACAUUGCUGGUUCUUUAGAAGAAUCUUCUACCACUGGUUUUCCAGAUGAAAAAUAUGUGUCUAAUGCUUCCGGUCUACCAGAAGAAUCCUCACCAUCCUCUAUGAUGGAAACAG